CACGAACGGUAUUUUUCUUUCGAACGAGCGAUUUACUUACGACGACGAAUCAAUACUGAUUUUUUGUCUGCGAUUCCUUGUUACGAUAGAAGUUCUCGCGACAAAAUGAUCGUAUCCGUACAAGUGGUUUUGAUCACGAGCACCUGGUGGUCUUUGGCGAGUGCCGGCAUUGUGAAUCUGACACCAUGUCUGCCGUCGGACUACAAGAAGAUGUCGCUUGGUAAAGCGGUUGGUGGUAUCAGGAACCUCAAGGUUACUGGUAACCAGCGAUCAAGAAGGUCUUGUCACUAUUUGGGAAACGUCUACAAUAGCUGGACGCGGGUGCCGCCAACUUCGCCGAGCGGCUGUUCGCGGUCAACCGCUUGCGCCGAGACACCCGCAACGAUAAUGACGAGUCUUGCACACAAGAACACGGUGCGCCUGUUGGUUAAGAAUACAAGGCGUCCGACGUCCAAGAAGAGCGUGGCACAUCCGGCGUUCAGGAAAACGAUGUUUUCGGCGUCCAGGAUAACAGCGUCUUCAGCGUCCAGGAGCACGGCACGUCCGGCGUCAAUGAAGCCGAAGAAAUUUCCGUAUUUCAGGAACACGGUGCGUCCGUUGUCCGGAGCCGUGAAAAACGGCGAAAACACCGUAACCUCACAUCAGCUGUACUCGGCUAUGGUGUCCGUGAUCGCGAUGUCGCAACCACAGCAAACUAGGUCAAAUGCCGCGAUCGUGGCCGAGUUGAAGCCGCGUGCAAAUAAUUGUGUAGUCGCGGAAUACAUCAAGUGCUUGCCCGUCCCGAAACCGAAAAACAGUUACCAGGAUCCGAUAAUGGUGCAGGAGACCAACAAGGUGGACUAUCCGAACGGCUAUUCGUUGGCACGCGGCGCCCAUGACGCAACAGCCACGUCCGACGAAUACAAGUACUACGACGACAAUGAAAAGCCGGCCCAGAUGUGGAAGGUUGAGGUGGCAAAGGGUGAACACAUGACAGAGUCCGAGGCUAAGGCCAUGGGAGUACCGGACGACAAAGGCAAUGAAUACGAAGAGUAGUACAAUUUUUCACAAUAAAUUAUUGCGGAUCACACAUUAACUAAGAAACAGAAAUGGACAUCCCUAGGAACUCCUCGCUUCCUCUUUGUCAUGAACUAUUGUAACGCAUAUUUUUAUUAUUUACUGGAUAUUAAGAGGCCGUCACACCCGCAAGUGUUGUCUCCGUUUGACAUACGUACAACAUAGCAAAUUUGCGUUCAGUGAUUCAA